GCUAGGAAGUGGAUUCAUGCCAGUUAAAUCGGUCAGGAGAAUAUGAAAGCCGACAGACAGAAGAAGAAGAAAUCGAUUCUGUUGGCAUACUAGGUCAUAGGUAGUUUUAAAUUGAUCCAGCUAGUAUAAUCAGCUGGAACACUAGCUGGUACGCCAAACCAGGUCACUAGCGCAGGGUGAACAAAAGGUCGGCCACAUAGACCUAAUUUCUCCUGACAGACUGACUAUAGUAGUAAACCUGCCCGGAAUCCUAGUCUGCAGAGGCUGAUGUAAAUAUUACGGCCAUUGGAAUCGUCUAUGUUGUACAUCUGGAGAUCCUGGCAGUAAAAGGGGUAGGGGUACUGAAGUACGAGAAAGUGUACUGGCUGCAGAGAAAACUCGACAGCGGCAAUUUUUGUAGGGGAGACAAGUCUAUAAAAUAUUUACAGCUUUCGUCCAAUAGCUGUGACUUAUUUAUGUUAUUUUCAACACACUCGUUUUCUGUGAAAUAUUUCCGCUGAGAUUCGAACGUUUAUCGAUAGAGAAAUACGGAUUACUUGACAUAAGGGGGGAGGGGGCGUUGUUAGGGUUUGACCACUAACUUGAACCCCCUCAGCAUGAAUGGACUCGCUCUAGCUUCCACCUCCCACUUUGGCGAUUUCGUUAUGUGAACUGAAGUCAACAUGGCGGAGUGUAGUGGUGGUUCAGAGACGGUUCCUGUUGAAAAAUCUUCCGAAGCCGCUUUCAGAGAUAUGAAGGCUGGAAGUGUACAGUAUAACCGGAAAGAAGAAGUGCAGGAGGAACUGUAUGAAGUGGAGAAGAUCGUGGGAACGACAAAGAUAAAUGGCCGGUUAUUGUACAAAGUCAGAUGGCGAGGAUACAGCCCAAACUGGGACACAUUUGAGCCGGAGGAAAACCUCCAGACUUGUCUGGAUCUUAUUGAUGAUUUCAAGUCUCGGAGAGAACAACUGAAACAACAGAGAACAUUGGAACGUCGUCGCAGAAAGGCUUUAAUGGAGGGAAGAAUAUUGCCGGAAUCUGUGGACUGUGACAACAAGACAAGCACUUCUACAGGUGUAACAGUUCCAGGCAGUCACAUGGCCAGCUCUGUAUCUGACCCCGACACACUGAAAGACACUUUCUGGAGAGACUUGGAAGAAGGCAAGGUCAAUCUGUUUGAAACAGAUAUGUAUUCCAAGGUGAAAGGUCAGGGUCGCGCAUCUCGACCUACGUCUUUCAAGCCAGAAAGUCAAAAAGGAAAGGAUGAGGAAGAGGAUGAGGAUAGUGACCAUGAUAAAAGACGAUCCAACAAAGGCAGAUCAAAGAAUAGCAGACGAUCACGCGCAGCAGGACAGAAAUCUGCCAGGGCCCAGCAAGGUGGGAGAAAACGAAAAUCAAAAGUGAAAAAGAAGAGCCAAAAAAUUAAGGCAGAAACUGCAUUUGACAGGGCACAGCUCGACUGUCAUAAUGGCAUUAGCACCCCAGAAUCUCUGUGUAGCAUGUCAUCGAACAGCCGUAGUUCCUUGUUGUAUACAGACGUGUGCAGCGGGAAGACGGUCAAAUCCCCUGUGUCUUUGACCUCUGAACUCAUGGUGAAGGUAGAGCGGAUUCAUGUGGGGCAGGAGAUGAGUAGUCCUGCCCUCACCCCCGACAUCGGUCUAGGAACGGACUCAAAUAGUAAUUCAAAUAGUGGUGAAUCCAGUGACAAUGUUAAUCUUAAUUCUAACACAGCAGGAUUGAGAGAAGACAUAGCUCGAUCUGAGAGUGACAGUUCUCCUGACAAGACUGAAAGUAUAGCGAAGCCAGCUGAUUAUCCAAAUUUAGAAACUACAGAAAACAGUGCUGCAGCAGCAAGAAUGGUACCAAAGAGACCUUCAGUAUGUACAGAGUCGACCUUGGGUGGGAAGAAAAUGAGGACAGGAGAAAGUAAUACUGCCAGUGCGCAUACACCAGCUGAUGAGGCAGCCAGUGUUCUCAGGGGAGAUUACCAUGGUUGUACCGAGACAUCUGGUGAAAGCCGUGUCAGGGACAAAACCGCUAUUAGUGCUACAUGUAUAUCAGAGACAGACUUGCAUGGGGUAUCAUGCACCACUAGUAAUAACACCACUGGUGCUACUCCACAUAGUAUUAAUUCUACCAUCAGUGUUACCUCACCAUCAUACAGUGACAAGUCUGAUGUGGCCUGCAUCCAGUCGACCAUCAGUGAAGGCUCCGACCUGGAGAGCUCUUGCAGGGGAGAUAAAUUCUCAGACACUUCUCCACCCACAGAUUCUGGAGAAGACUGUAUGAAGGGAGAUGAUGAAGCAAACAGUUACAGUGGUAUUCUAGAAAUAAAUGCAGAACAGUUUGACUCAGAAGUGUCCAGAAUGAAAGCGAACUCACAGGGGCUAGAAAUCACUGAGAGGAAGUUCCAGGAUGCUGUAUCUGAAGGAGAUUAUGAGACGGUGAAGAAAGCAUUAAGCGGUUCCAAACAGUACAACCUGGAUGCCAUAGAUGCUACAGGCAUGACUUUGCUGAUGUACGCUGCUCAGAGAGGUUAUGAUGACAUAGUGGAGCUGUUGGUGUCACACGGUUCACGGAUCAAUGCCCAGCAGAGGAAUGGGACCACAGCGUUAAUGUUAGCCUGUGAGCAUAGUGCCCUACACACGGUGAUCUUACUGGUGGAGCUUGGGGCCACUCUGAAUCUUCAGCAGACUUCAGGGGAAACUGCACUCAUGAAGGCUGUGAAGCGUGGUAGCCCACAGAUAGUGACGUUCCUCUUGGAGAGGGGAGCUAACUUUGCUUCCCAGACAAUUACUGGAAACAGCGCCAUGACUUACGCUAAAAUGCUACAUGUCUGUGAUGUGGAGGACAUAUUGUUUGACCAUGUGGCCAGACUGACAGCUGAGUUUGAUCGCCAAGUGGCUGUGACAAUCAACAACACUGCCAAAAUAAUGUGUGCCUUAUUUCCCCUACAGUGUUUUCCACUGUGUGAUGGGAAUAAGUUUGUCAUCCACUUUAAACAUGAGCUACAGCCUAUCACACCUGGCGUGGGUUACCUGUUGUUUGUGGCACACACUCGUAUCACUCAUCAGGAGAUAAAGUGCCGAUUCUACGGCCCUUGUGCUGUGACAACAGUCAUGCUCAAUGGUGUGCUGCAGCCCUCGCUUACCCAGGUAGGCAUGAAAGCUGAGGCCAAUUUUGUAUUAUCCUGCUGCCCUCUAAACAAUGGAAAGAAUGAGUUGGUGAUUAACACGACAGCUUCUCCCACCUCUAAGUCAAAGCUGGUGAUAUGUGCAUACAAGGCCAAACUCAUGGAGUGAAUGUAGCUAAAACCUGUCAUUAUCUCCCCUUAUGGUUUACUGUUACAACGCCCCUUGACAUUCAGAGUGAAGAAGUCCGUGGUAUUGUCUGUAACAAAAUUAUCACGCCUCUGUUUUGUAUCUGGCCUGACUUCUGAAGUUUGUUUCCUUCUUAUGGCUAUUUUUUCCACACCUUUCUGUGUUUCCAGUAAAAUUCAAGAGGCUGGAGCACAUUGUUUGUGAGACAGUUUCACAGUGUGGAGUGACAGGCGAGUUCUAAUUUUAAAUCAGAUUUGUAUUUAGAUGCCAUAUGAACUUGUACAGAUGGCUAUAGGUAUCUUCACAAAGAUCGUAAUAGAUUUAAAUCUACAGAAAGUUCAUGUAUGGGCAACAGACCAGAAAGUGUUUUUCUUGUUGGCCUUUUUUUGUUACCAUCUCUCACAAUUGGACUUCAACAUCAUAUUGUAGUUUUUGUCUUUUGUAAAUGGGCAUUUAUAUUUAGGACUGGUGGAUUUGACUAGUGUUCUAUUGUGCAAUAGAAGCUGGUAUUCCUUCAGAUGGAGUAAGAAUAUAUUUUCUUCCCUUUAAAAAGAAGUACAGUUUCUUUUGAAAAGAUUUUUUAGAAGGGCUCCUUAAGAUAGCAGGACGGUGUGACUUAUUCAAAUAUGUAGAGUAAUAUAAAAAAAUAAAAAAAAAAAUAGGAAAAAACAGAAACGAGUGUAAGCUGAAAUGUAAAGAAACAUAUAUCCAUUUUUGGAUGCACAUACCUUGUUACAACUAGUGUUAAUUUUUAUAUGGGCAGCUAUUAAACAGGAAACACAGAUGACAUUGGCAGCUCUGUUUGCUGUGGUUUGAAACUAAUUGUACGUUAAUCACUAACGACGCACACCAAUGUUGUACAAGUAAGGCAAGUAUGUUGAUCAGGCUAUACAGGCUUCCUCAUCUUAGGCCCAUUUGUCCUGUUGGAGACAAACAUAUCAAGGUGGAUAAGUGGUUGAGGAGAGAUCUGCUAUUGCCAGUUGACGAUGUUAUUGAGGAGUAUCGUUUUUAUCUUCAUGAACCAUAGCAUGAAAUCUGCUGGGAUAUAGCUGAGCAGUAGUAACACACACAGCAGAGGAAAAUGUCGUGUGUUAAUGUACCGGAAAUUCUUUAUGGCUCUUUUGUGUGGCACCUUAGAAUGGGAGCUCUUCCAUACAUGAAAAUCACAUGUGUGAAUGUUAAGGAAGUUUCUCAGUCAUUUUCAUUCAGUAUGACCUUUGCUCAGCCAUAGUCCGAGCAACAAAACAACAACAUCAAGAGAGCCUCCACAUCAUUGCAGAGGCACAGUUCAGACCUGCUGGAACUCUUGUGCACUUCUGAUGCUGGAGAUGCACUUUUGGUGCUGGAGAUGCACUUCUGAUGCUGGAGAUGCACUUCUGAUGCUGGAGAUGCACUUCUGAUGCUGGAGAUGCACUACUGGUGCACUUCUGAUGCUGGAGAUGCACUUUUGGUGCUGGAGAUGCACUCAGUCUAAUGGCGAUGCACAAAGUUUUUAAGUAGUACAAAGAUUUAUAUAAAUCUGCACUAAAUAUCCACAUCACAGGUCCUAAUGGUACAUUUUUUUACAUGCUUGUUAAGUGCUACUAGUGUGCAUUUGUGAAAUGGUUCCCAGGAGAGCACCGAGUAAUAGGCUAACUGUGGUUCUGAUGUGAUGUUGCUUAUAGUACCGUGAGUGGGUAGCAUUGGGUUCCUGGGAUAUCCUAGUCUGAUCUACAGAGGAGUGGAUUAUAUGUUAAUAACAUAUAUGUACAUCACAUUUGGAGGAACUGUGUGAGGAAAUGGGAAUUGCGAUGGUGUGUCUAUAAAGCACAUGUUAAGUGUACUUCUGUCACAUUACUGUACUGAGAUAACGGAUGAAUUUUAACCAGGUCUGUGCUCAUGGGUCACUCUCAUCACCAUUUUUGUUGCAUUUAAAUUCCACAUCAUCACAUUGUGUGCUUGGCAUUUCAAGAGCAUUACACCGCUCAAUAAUAAACGACAACAAUAAUGACACUGGUAUUAUUACCCAGAAUACUCUUACCGAUAAGGUAUUGCUAUCAUUGGACUUCCCAUACUCCGCCAGCAGUAUCAAUGCAACAAGCUCAUUUCAAAUGUGAUUUGUGCACGACUGUUCCACCGAUGCAAGUUAAUGGAUGUUUUUAUCCAGUUUUACAUUCUAACUUUGAUACGAUGUCUGCAUGCGUAUGCAUCACUUAUUGCUGAAUCACUAGCCAAAAUGAUCACAAUCUAUGGUUUCCAUCAGUAGAUAGUAUAAGCCACUAGCACCCACCUAGAGAUUAGUAUUGGAAUAGAAUAUGGGGAUAGAAUAUAGCACAUUGAGAUAGAACAUUCAGUGUACCAUGCCUUGUCUUGUGAGAGGCUUUUGAAUUCGUGUCCAAUAUUCGAUAAAUUUUACAUGUAUUUGUUGGUGGAAUGUGUUAAAUUUGUGUACAGUUCAUAAUAAAACCCUGCGACUGGCAGAAAUGUUAUUUCUGCUACAUCAUAGUCACCCCUUAUUACACCCAACAGCGGGUUGUGUACUUUUCGUGUCAUGUAGCAUGAAGUUCUGUACACAAUGUUUGUAUAUUUGAAUCUUCACAACAUCCAUGGUGGCUUGGAACAGAAAGGUGACUACGUGCAAAAUUUGGUGAAUAUGAGAUAGUGUUGAUGCCUCCAUGUUUAAUUUCUCUUUUUGUAAUCAUGAAUGUUGUGAUCAGGUACAUGUGCAUGUAGGCGAAUAAAGAGACAUGUCACAUUAAGGUAGUCUUGCCACGAUACUGGCACUUGAAUUUGGAAGCCCCUGUUUACAUUGUACAUAUACUUUCAGUUAUCAUUACACCUAUCACAAUUGUACAUUUUACCUGUAAAAGAAAACAAAAAGCAAUUACUUCCCGCAUUAGUAAAGGCUACUGUGCACAAUAUUGGCAUGGUGGUUUUUGCAUGUGACAUUGUGUUUAUAAGCAGAGAUUGUAUCAGUUGUGAGGGCAAGAAUAUACAUUUGCGUCUAAGUUUUGUCAACAACAUGAGAGGCUUGCAGGUUAUGGGGGAAAAUAGGAAUUAAAGUCCAUCAAACUUAUAUGGAGCUGACCUAGGUUUCAGUCCAAAAUUGGAGGCACUCAAAUUGGAAAAUUUAGUUUGAAACUUUGUUUCUGAUGAGGUCAUUGUUAUACUUUUUUAUUUUGUUAUGAAGAAGUUUUAGAUUAUAGGGUAAAUAUUUUUUGAAAGGCAAAGUCAAGAUUGUUUUAUAUGUCCUUUUACUGUCUUUUUAUGAACACUACCAUCAUUUUCAGGUUUUGUUUUUAUUUUAACAUUUGCCAAUGACAAUGUAACCCGUGGACAGUUGAUAUUUGGAUUUUUUCUUCAUUAUUAUUUUUCCUGAUUAUCUGUAACAGGAUAGAUACGUUAUAAAUCAUCAAUCAGCCAUUCUAUGCCAUUGCUGUAUCCUGCUUUCAUAUGUCAGGGUCUGGUUUGCACAAAAAAGCAACACCAAUACGUAACCUAAGAAACUUAGUUUCAUCAUACACCAAUCCUGGGAGUACAUCUUCAUUGACAGCGAGUUUAAAGACAAAAGGAUUUAGAUUGUUGGUGUAAAAUCUCAAACACUUUCCGAGUUUUGCCACCAAGGGACCAUUUCUGAAUUUUUUUUAAUCAUGAGACCAUUAAAGUGAUUCCGGUCAAAUCCAAACAAAUCACUGCCUCCUUAACAAGUGUUAUGAUACCAAUUGUCCAAGUCCAUGGGUAGGAUUUUGUCUUGCACUGCCACACGCUAACAUGUAUCUACCCUGUGAAAUUGCCACAAAAAAUGACCAUUGCUAUUCUCGCCAGUUUCAUCACCCACACACUGCCACCAGUUUGACUGCUGCUUUAAGAUGGAUUGUCACAUCAUCGUCAGGUUACCUUCUCAUGAUGACACUGAUGCUUAUUUUCCUAACCUUGUACUGCCACAAACAACCACUUCUUCCACUCCAUUGCUGAAUCUGUAUCAUGUGUUACCAAUUUGCCUCUGCUGAAACUGUGUCUGGUUUUAAGCCAUAUUCAUUCAUUCUGUGUUGCAUUGCCAUCAGUUUACUCACGGUAACAUCUGUUAAGAAAUUUUGCAGUGUUUCCCUUUUGCUAUCAGACCAUUUUUUAUUCUUUUUGUUUUGUUUUUGGUAAAUAAAACUUAAGGCUUGUUUGACAAACAGAAAUAGGAAGCUUGAUUUGUUAGUAAAACAUAUUUGAGCUUCAUGUGAAUUAAACCAAAUGUAAAUUAUAAAAUUUAACUUAACAACCAUUUCCUGUGACAAGCUGCCCUCAAUUAAACUUGAGGUUAUAUGGUUGUCCAGUCCUCAGCAUUGUGGUUAAUGAAGUGGGCUGGCCUAUCAGAAAUUUGCAUUCACGCAAAGGUUAUAAAUAGGUUCUGUAAAGUAUUUGAGGGGGGGGGGGG